AUCAUGGAUAUGUCAAGUUCGGAUGAGGAUAACGAUACAACAAAGCGGGUUGCGGAUAUAAUUGCAAGUGUGUAUGAGGAUAACAACGCAAGGAAGCAUGCGGAUAUAUCAAGUUCGGAUGAGAACAACGAUACAAAGCGGGUUGCGGAUAUAAUUGCAAGUGUGUAUGAGGAUAAGGAUGCAAAGAAGCAUGAAGAUAACACGGCAAGGCGUCGUGUGAAUAACAGAGCUAGGCGGAGUUUGGAUUUAACAAGAACUUUGGAUGUGGAUAAGAAUACAAAGAAACAUGUGGAUAAGAAUGCAAAGAAGCAUGUGGAUAACAGGGCAAGGCGUCGUGCGGAUAACAGACCAAGGCGGAGUUUGGAUUUAACAAGAACUUUGGAUGAGGAUAAAAGGGAAAGGUGGCGCUUGGAUAAAAUGAUAAGUUGGAAUAAGAAACUUCUUACAGCUGCUACGGAGGGAAACAUAAAAGAGGUAGAACUAUGCGUAAAGAAUGGAGCUAGUUUGGAAUGUAAAGAUGAUUUUGGAAAGACGCCAUUAAUGUAUGCUGCCUACAGAGGGCACAUGGAGAUCGUCAGUAAUCUGGCAACACACGGCUGUAAUUUAGAGGCUGAAGACAUGGAUGGAGCAAGAGCUUUACAUUAUGCUGCUGAAAAUGGACAGAUUGAAAUAGCAAUAUGGUUGACAGAACAUAGAUGCAGUCCUUGGGUGAAAACACGAAUGGGUCAGACUCCGUAUGAUAAGGUAACAAUAAAAACUAAUGACUCUAAAAGGGAAAAACUGAAAAAGAAACAAGUGAAGGACUUCCUACAGACUGCCAUGAUAGAGACCCCAGAAGAUAACAUUCACAUGCUUAAUCGUUUAACGGGCAAAGGCACCUAUGAAUCAUUUGAUAUGCGAUGCAUGGUGACUGGUCAGUUUGCUGUCGGAAAAUCUUCUCUUGUAAAGCUGCUAGUCGGGGAUGUCAUACCAGAAGGGAGACAUCCUACAGACGGAAUCUCUCUCCUUGAAGGACGCUGUGGCCUUGAUGUCGAGACAAAACAAUGGAUUAUUAUUGAUCCAGAAACGUAUGAUCCGCGUGAUGUUGUAUACCAGAAGGUGUUAAUGACCCCAGACGAAAGAGAACAAAGUAAGUCAACAGACCCGUUGGAAACCCUACAAGCAUCACUCGCUAGCCCGUAUAAAAAUAAAGAUGAUAACCGGAAUAAUCCAGGUGCUCUCCUACAGCAGUCACAAGCUAUGUCAUUAGAUCCCCCAUCGUACACAUCAGAUGAUCUCUCAAACCGCUCUCCAGCAGCCCUUUCUUUGUCACCUCAGAAGAAAAUGAAAGCCAAGAUAACUAAAGAUGAUAUCCGAAGGAAAAUGGAAAUACUCCUUCAAAGCGGAAAAUAUAGGAUGAAAAUUGGACAACUCAUCUUCUGGGACUUUGGUGGACAAUAUGUAUAUUAUACGACACACCAAACCUUUAUGACAUACAGAGCUUUGUUUCUUGUCGUAUUUGAUGGAAGCAAAGGAUUGCAUGAACAGGUCCCCGAUGUGAUGUGUUUCCCAGGGCAGCAUAUGACACCAACUCCAGCAGUAUUUUUACAACACUGGGUUAACUGCAUCCUAACAUAUUGCAAGGCUGUCUAUACAGGCAUUCCAAAGAUAUUGUUCGUAGCUACUCAUAAGGACAAAAUACCAAGGGAGAUUAUUGAUACACAGCGUGAAUCGGUGUACAUUGGAAUAGAAGAGUUAUUUAAAGACCACGAAGGACGACAUCAUCUGGUCCUUGACAAACGAAUAUUUGUCAAUGCAACAGACAAAUCGGACCCAGAAAUUGAAAUUCUGAAGAAAGCCAUUACAGAUCUCACGUUUGAACAUCCAUGUUGGGGAGAGAAAAUGCCAAAUGCUUGUGUUCCCCUUGAACUUGAAAUUGCAGAGUUGGUAGCUGACGGGAAGCAAAUAUUGUCACUGACGGAGGUUCAAGAAUUGAAUGCCAUCAGCAAGGUGUCCGUCCUGUCCCCUGAACAGCUCAGAGAUUUUCUACAUUUCCAACACUCUCUUGGGAAGAUUGUCUAUUUUAAUACUCCACAAUUGAGAGAUUAUGUGAUCAUAAGUCCGCUACUUCUGGUGGAAGUAAUGAGAUCCUUCGUUACGGAUGUUGAAUUUUGGCCAAAGAGAGGGUCCAUAAGAAAUACUUUUGAAAAAAUGUCAAGAAGUGGAAUAAUACAAAGGAGAAAUCUCUAUCUUAUUUGGGAACAAAAGCACUUUGAGAAAAUAUUACCCUACAAAGAGUUCAUAUUUGAUAUGCUCAUUCACCUUGAUAUUCUAUCAGAGCAGCGUAGAUAUGAUACUAAAACAGGGAGUCGGCUACAAGUGGAAAACUACUUUGUUCCUUGUAUGCUCACAAAAAGAAAUGAAACGGGUUUCAUAACACAGGAAUGCACACCAGAGAAAGCUAUCAGUCUGGCAUUCGUUUUUAAAGGGACGAUUAUACCACCCGCCUUCCCAAACCGUCUCAUCAGCGCCUGUCUAAGUAUGUGGACCACGAAGAUAUAUAAAGGAAGAAAACUACUGUUUUCAGGAUUUAUUGGGUUAUCAUUUAAUAAGGUACAUGACAUUGUUGUAUGUGUUGAAGGCAACAGGAUUCUGCUUUACAUAGUCCAUAAAACCUCUAAUGGGCUGAUUGUUCCAGAUAUAGCCACUGGUAUCAAGGGAUGCAUGUUCAAUACAUUGGAGAGAAUAUCAGAAUUCUAUAAGUCCACAGUCCAUGCAACCCCUAGCAGCCACAAACUACCCUUCCACAUUAAAUAUGGAUGCUCCAAGUUAGGAUGUUAUAUCACCGAAGAGACAGCUUUGACAACUGAUGAAUGGAUCUGCGAUAAACAUAAGAUUUUACAUACUAAAGAAAAGUGGAAUGUUUGGAAUCAAGAUCAGGCAAAAGAACAAUGUGAAGAGAACUGCCCAGGUUUACAAGACGGUGCCUUGAGUCAGAUACCGAGUGAUAUUGAACUUCAACGACUAGUUUCACGAUGUGAUGGUACCACAAUACGAAAGUUAGCAAUAUAUCUUGGUAUGACAUUUCAAGAAUGGGAAGACCUUAGAUGCGAUUAUGAUCAGAUUCAGAUUGUUAAAUUAAAAAUUAUGGUCAACUGGAGAGACAAAUAUAAAGGAAGAUUUGGAAACAUUGCAAAAGCUUUAACAGAUAUGAAACUUACUACCCAUAUGCUUUGUCAGGCAAAAAGAAUCAGAAAAGGACAAUAUGAUAUCAGUGAGGAAAAUAUGGAUGUGAUUCCAACAGAUGAAAUACUAGAUGAGCUGGCACAAGUAAUAGGUGUAGUAGCCUACCAACUUGGUAUAGAAUUAGGAUUAUCUAUAACAUCAUUAGAUACUAUACAGUACAACAAUAGACGGAAUUUAGUGGCACAAUGUAAAGAAAUAUUAUUUAAAUGGAAAGAUGAUCAGCGAGUCAGACCAACCAUAGCUGUUCUGAUCAAUGCUUUGGUAAAUGUCGGAAGAGGAACUCAGUGUUUGGAGGAAAUAAUUAAAAGUAUAGGAGUACAUUCCACGAGCGGAAAAAUAUGGAAAUAAUUAAAACACACUUGAAAAAACUGAAUCUUUUUCAGAAGAAAAUUUGUACCAAUUUUUUUAGUUGGUAUAAUAUAACCGAACGUUACGCCAUCCCUUUGCCUGGCUGUGUCUAAUUUUUAGGAACAAUUGAAAUCAGAUCUGGUGUCAUUUUCAUGCUAUUAAUAUUCACAUUCAACAGAAUUACAAGAACUCAACAUGUUUUUAGACUGUACAUUGCAGUAAAUUCAGAAAUUUUGGCGUGCAUUUAUUAUUGCGAAAAAGUCAGAAAUGCGAGACGAAUUGUUGGGAUUUCAAGAAAUGUUGAUAACAAAUAAUGGUAUCAAAAUUUAAAAAAAGAGUUUUUAUUUUUUCGAAACCUAUCCCGUCACAUCUUCUACAUCGGAAAAACUUUUAAAUUUUCAGUAGUUCAAUUAAACGCAGAAUGACGCAGAACAAUCAAAAUAAGCUAUUGUUUUCCACAUCACUUUAUCAUGGAGUAACUAAAUAGUAUUAUGUAAUAAUUACAUUACAUGUAUGUUUUAUUAUAAUACGUUAUUUUUAUUGGCUAACAGCAAUCUCGCGUCAUUCUGAAAUUAACCUUCAUUUCAAAAUGAAAUGUAACAUUCAUGAUGACACGAGCUUCCACAAUAAAGUGCACAGGUAAAUAAAAGAAUAAUUUGAUCGAAAUCGUGUUUUCAUUAUCCUAGCAAAAAAAUGUAGUUAUAAGUAUUCAAUGCUUCUUUCGUAAUUUUAUAGGGUUGUAAAAGCGUUUACCGCGCGCACAUUUUUAGAAUGAAGCGCUUCAUACAAAAUGUACUUCGGUCAACGCUUUUACACCCAAAUAAAUUUACAAAACGAAGCAUUCAAUUCUUAAGUAACACUUAUACUUUUUGAUAUCACAAACAUUGUGACUUUGUGACAAAACGAAAUAUUCUGGUUGAUCUCCUUUGAACCUAAUUAUGGGGCUAUCAGUUACUUUUCUCUUACAUUGCAUAUUAUUGUUCUGUCAGAGGUACACAUAAUUUUAUUUUACUUACUUUUUACCUAUCUAUAAUUAUGAUUAACUUC